AUGUCGUCAUCAGCGCCUGGCACCGGACAGAAGACAACCGUCUUGCUGGAUCCAUGGACAGCAGCGGUAGCUACAGCAGCAGCUAGACGCGGCGACCUGCAAAGGGCUGGUGCUCCUAAGGAGGGGGACCUGGCAGCAUCGUCAAGGGCUUUCACGUCGACAGCGACAGCUCAGCCGCAGCAUCAACCCGUAACACCUGGCGCGAGCCCCGUCACUUCAAAGUUUAAUUUACCGCAAGCAAAUGUCCUCCACAUUCUGCGCACAGCCUACUACAAUGCCGCGCGCAACGCGCACAAGGGUUCCGUUACACCAGACUCGCGGUCAGUUGCGCAGUCGUCAGGCCCACAGGAAGCUUUCAUUUCGAAUGUUGGAACACCUGGUGAAGGCCGCGAGUCAAAGCGGCUUAAGGCAGCUGUCGGCGUUGACGCAGCCGUCGCAUCGCGUCGCGGAGCAGCAGCGCUUAAGCGUCUGUGUAAUACCCUAGGCGUGUUCACCCAGCAGCAGGACCUACCGGAACAUAACCUGUCGUACGCGGUAGCCAGCAGCCGAGGAUGGCGUGUGGCCAUGGAGGACACGUAUGCAGCGGAGGUGCCCCUGGACGGCACGUACGGCAUGUCAAUGUUUGCAGUGUACGACGGCCACGGCGGCGCUGAGGUGGCGCGAGAGACCAGAUUCGGAACACCACCCGGCCGUAUAUUCUCUGCCCGUGUCCAUGCCCAGGGUCGCGCAAUCCGAGAGGCCUCGUCCGCCCAAGCCGCCUUCAUGGUCCACGCCCACACCGCCGCGGCGACCCAAAUCGCCACCAAUAGCCGGCAGGGGGAUCCUGCCGCAGCCGCCUCCGCAGCCUCUUGUGAAGGCGGUGGUAGCAGCAGCGGCGGCGGCGGCGCCCCUGCGGCCGCCGCCGAGGAGGCUCCCGGAUUCCCGAGCGCGCCCGCUAGCGCCCGCGGCAGUGCGGGCACCCCUGAACCGCCGUGGGACAGUGGCGGCUCCGGCGGAGGGGCUGGGAGCCCCCGCAGCCGCCGUCACGCGGCUCUGCAGGAGGCGUUCCUGUCCCUGGACCGUCAGUUGGCGGAUGAGGGGCGCUCCAGGGAGCUCAUGGCGCUAGCCAAUCCCGGAGCGCUGACGGUGGUGCCGGAGGCGUACGGCAGGCGCACCUACGGAGGCCCGUACCUAGGUCCUGUGGCAGGGUCUACCGCCAGUGUGGCUCUGGUGGACAAGCGUGGAGUCACUGUGGCCGCUGUGGGCGAUAGCAGGUGCAUUUUGGGCAGUCGUAAGGGCGGACUGAUAGUUAUGAGUAUGGAUCACAAGGGUAGUGACGCAGCGGAGCGGGAGCGAGUGGUGCGGGCUGGUUGUUGGGUGUCCGCCAGCGGCCGGGUGUGUGGCGAGCUAGACAUGUCUCGCGCCCUGGGGGAUGCCGAUAUGAAGCAAGCAGCCGGACUGCCGCCCCACCUGCAAGCCGUCACCGCCGACCCUACCGUCAUGCAUGCCACGCUAGAACCCAGUGGCAGAGGUGGUGCUGCCGGGUGCUAUUUGCUGCUGGCCAGCGAUGGGCUGUGGAACGUGUUGGAUAGCGGCGCGGUGCACGAGUUUGUGCUGGAGCGUCUGGAGGCGGGACUGUCAUCCGAGUCCAUCUGUGCACAGCUCUGCGUGGAGGCAUGCGUAAGCGAGCGUACGGCGUACGACAAUGUCACAGUGCUGCUCAUACAAAUGCACGGCUUGCGGCCGGCCGGCGAGGUGCACGUGACGACGAGGGCUGCAGGCGCCGGGAGGGAGAUGGAGACGAUGGGUGGCGGGGCGGUGGCGAGUAUGGAGGCAGAGAUGGUAGUGGAGGUGGAGGUGGGGCCAGUAAACGAGGGGCAGCCGUCGGGCGGUUUGGGGACGGCGGCAAUGGGAGGCCCUGGAGAUAAAACGGAGACGAUGGUUGAGAGCAGUGGUGCGGACGAUAAUGUUUUGGGGGGGUGGGACACGGUCGCGGCAGGCGGCAGGGAUAUGGGUGGUGAUGGCGAGGUGGAUACGGAGGAGGGGGAGGUAGACGAAGGCUGUGCGGAGGCGCAGGCGGAGGAAGUGCAGAAGCUGGCUGGGCGGCUGUGGAGCGAAGUAGCUUCCACCCCAAAAUUCGGUUCCACUCUGUCCCAGUUGCCUUUGACUGCAGCUGGGUACGGCCAGAACGAGGUGGUGCGAAGUUCUGUGGCUGUAGAUCGGGGAAGUGCGUUGCCUGCAAGCAGCCGUCGCGGGCUUGAACGGCACGAGCAGCCGGAUUUGCCAGAGGGUGAGGCUUCCACGCCGCCGCUGGGAGAUGCGAUGUGCCGUGUCUGGAUUCCUAAGUCGCUGAUGGACGUGCCGGAGCGCGCCGCGAAGAACGCAGAUCAUGGACUUGACUCCAUCAACGGUGUUGAUCCUCUUACUCAACAUGCGGAGGAGGGUUCGAACACUACACAUCCGUCGGAACAACCCGAUGUUAUCUCGUCCUACACGGGACGGGAAGCGGUAUCACAAACAGGCGGAUAUGGAGAUGAGGACGGCGGAUAUGCACAAGCCCCUACCGAAGCCGACGCAACCGACCCGCUCGAUGGCGUCUCAGCCCGGCAAGAGGCUGUAGACGCCGGAUACGAAGAACCUGCUGAAUCUGGGCCUGACAACGCCUCUGCAUAUCACCACGACUUUGAUGGGCAAGCGCAGCAACCCGAGCCAGGGGAUGACGAGGAUUCCUCGCAGCGUGGUCCAGCCGCAGCCGGCACCCGGCCCUCAUCUGGCCGUCCUAGCGCUACACGCCCCGGAUCAGCUCGACCAGGCUCCGCCUCUGCAAGGCACGCAUCCCCUUCCAACAGCCGUCCCAUUUCCGCGUCCCUUAUCACCCCAGACAGCGUCGGUCUGACCACUUCGGGGCAACCGGUCUCCGCACGAACACCCGGCAGCUCACGGCCCGGCAGCGCAACCACCGUGCCGCUAUCGCAGCACCCGCCGUUGCCGCCGCCUGCGUCUGUGACGCUUCAACCCCCUCCGCCACUCGCAUUUGGACCGACAAUUCCCGAGGACCGCCCGCUGCAUCCUGCUCUCAUCGACCGCUACAUUGCACCCGGACUCAAGGCCAUAGAGGUGGAGGUCGAGCAGGGUCCGGGUCUGCCCCACCGACUAGUUCGUGUGCUGAUGGACCUCACCCAAUGCGAGUUCAAGCCCUACAUGGGGGGAUUCCGGAACAAGCGGACGGGGGCGGUGUAUCACCACGCAGUCACGCAGACGCCACGCGCGCCCAAAUACAGCGAGGCCGACCGGAAACUCAGUCGGGAGACACAGACCGUCAAGAUUAAGCAGCACAGCCAGCAGACGGUGCGGGAGCAGGCGACGCAGAUGAUGCGGCCGGGGAUGCUGCUGGACGAGACGUACGAUAGGGAGGUGACCCCGGGUCGCUAUCAGACCGCGGAUGAGCGAGACGCAAUCGUGCUGGCAGCCACCCGCUGCAUCCAACGUUGGGUGCGCGGCUGGAUGGGCCGCCGCCGGGCGGCCUACCUGCGGCGCAAGAAGGCGGAGCGGGAGGCGUUCCUGCGUGAGCAGGAGUUAGCGGCACAAACGGAGGCGGAGGAGCACAGGCGGCGCGAGAUCCAGCGCCGUAUGCACCCCCGCACAGUAGCCGAUUUUGAGGUGCUGUACAAUGAGUUGGAGGCGUGGCGGCUUCAGGAGACUCGCAAGAUCAAGGAGGCGGGUCUGCCCAAGGAGCAGGAGCAGCAGGUGCUACAGCAGCUGCUGCACAAGGAAACUAAGCUUCUGCAGACCAUCGACCGGCUCAAGAUCAAUGCCAACCAGGAGAACAAGGAGUCGCGCAUUCAGCACACACUUAAUGAGAUGUCCCGACCCAAGAAGUUUGCACUGCGCAAUGGCGGCAAAGUGGACGUGCACACACCUUUCACCACACGAGCUAAGGAGCUGCAGCAACUUUACAACGGUCUGAACCUGCCACUGCUAACGGUGGACGAGCGACUGGACGUACUGCUCCAUGUCAAGUGGACGGUCAAGGAGUUUGAUUGCGAUCUGACACGUGAGAUUGUUGACCUUAUUGACCGGGAGGCCGACCUGCUCAACCGCGGCCGCAGCCCCAAGGUGCUUGAGGGGCUGCGGAAGCGCAUCUCGUCGCUCUUCCUGAACUUCAUUGAGACACCCGAGUUCAACCCCGAGGCGGCGCGCUUUCAAAUCGUGCCCAUGGAUUUCGAGACGUACCUGUACGAGAAGCCCACGCAGCAGUUGGGCAAGGUAAGGCUGGCGCCCAGGUUGCUGAUGGCGCCACCGGCCAAGCAAGCUGCAUCCGGUGUCGCCCCAGGAGGAUCCUCCGCAUCACUUAGCUUCACAAAUAUAUCUCCUUGGCGGAGACACACAGCCCCUCAUGCAUCAGAAGCAGCCCACUCGCCCAGCCCUGCUUGCACCAUCGGUCUGACCGAGCGCUUGCUGCAGCAGGGCGGCGACCUGAGACUUACCUCUCAGCCUGUGAAGAUUGUGGAACCCCAUUUGAUUCUGAUACAAUGGAGCAGGGCGGCCGCCUAUCUUUGGGGGCCUCCGGAGGCACCAGCUAAAGUGAACCUGCGAGCCGACCAGGAAUGGAGUUGGGCCGCGGUCGAUUCUGGCAGAUUCCGUUGGAUGCCGGUGGUGGGUGCGGAACUUGAGCGAUCCACUGAGAAGUUGACCAGGUUGAUUAGAUGA